UAUUUCACACUCCAUAACCCAUUCAACUGCAGAAAAUAGGGUAUUAUCUUCCCUUUAAAGCAAAUUCUCCACCUCUAUUUGUCUCUGGAGAAAAUUAAUAAGAAAAAUGGCGAAUUUACACUAAAGAAAUGGCAAUCCAAGUAGAUUCGAACUUGACAGUCUUUUUUAAGAAAUCUGUGUCGUCAGAUCCUUACGUUGAUGGUUUCCUUCUGGGCGUGGUGACAAAAUUUAGAAGAGUAAAGGUACUAGGCCUUGUCUUGGUAGAGAGAGACCAGAUAGGACUAUUUUGCCCUUGAAUUUGUUCAACAACUUUUGGCAUGAGCGAUGAAGAGUGAGUUUCAAAAGGGUGUUUAUGUAUUUUCACAAUGGAAGUAUUUGUUCCAUCCUUUUCCAUUUUCACCAACUGUUAAUGGUGAUUUCUCUUCUUCUGGAAAUCUGGACUACUCUGGAUGACUCUUCGUUUAACUUUUCGACAACACCCGUGUGUCAUAAUGGUACUUGGAUUUUGUGGGUCGUAGCCUGAUUUCACCAACGAUCUAUCUGUGAUUUCCAAAGAUGCUCUGAAACUCCGGAUCUUGGCCCCUUCUCCACUGUGCUCUAGCUUUUUAGAAUUUAUUUCUUAUGAUUGCAACUGCUCUUCUUAUUUAUCUUUCUGUGGCUCCUGUAAUACAUAGAUCAGUAUCCACAUAGUAGUCAUGGUGGAAGAUGGAGGAGAAGAUGUUUCAGUCGAUACCCUGUCGACUGAAGAGUGGUUAUCACGUGCCCAGGAGCUUGUGCCGACAGCCUUGGACAAAGCCAAGGCAAUCAAGAGGUUCCCAGGUCGCUGGAAGAUGAUAAUUUCCAAACUCGAGCAGGUCCCUUCUCGGUUAGCUGAUUUGUCGAGCCAUCCUUUCUUCUCAAAGAAUGCACUUUGUAAGGAGCAAUUGCAGGCUGUGACAAAGACACUAGCUGAGACGAUUGAACUGGCGGAGGUCUGCGUGCAAGAGAAAUAUGGGGGAAAGCUUCAGAUGCAGAGUGAUCUUGAUGCCUUGUCCGCGAAGUUGGAUUUGAAUCUAAGGGAUUGUGGGCUGCUUAUCAAGACUGGGGUACUUGGUGAGGCCACUUUGUCUUCGUCCACUGCUGCUAAUUCUUCUACAGAACCAGACACUACAUGGAAUUUAAGAGAAUUGCUGGCCCGUCUUCAGAUUGGACACUUGGAGGCUAAGCACAGAGCACUGGAUAAGCUUGUUGAAUUCAUGAAAGAGGAUGAGAAAACUGUGCUGGCUGUGUUGGGCCGAAGCAAUAUCUCAGCUUUGGUCCAGUUGCUAACUGCAACAUCACCUAGAAUUCGGGAGAAGACAGUCACGGUGAUCUGCUCACUUGCAGAGUCAGGGAGCUGUGAGAAUUUGCUUGUUUCUGAAGGUGUGCUCCCCCCUCUGAUCAGGCUGGCUGAAUCUGGGAGUGCAAUUGGAAAGGAGAAGGCUACCAUUUCCCUACAGAGAUUGUCAAUGUCUGCGGACACUGCUCGUUCCAUUGUUGGUCAUGGUGGUGUUCGCCCAUUGAUUGAAAUUUGUCGGACUGGAGAAUCGGUUUCACAGGCUGCAGCUGCAGGUACAUUGAAGAAUUUGUCGGCUGUGCCCGAGGUGAGGCAGAAUCUUGCUGAUGAAGGGACCAUAAGAAACAUGAUUAACCUCCUUGAUUGCGGAUUGUUGUUGGGUUCCAAAGAGUAUGCUGCUGAGUGCUUGCAGAAUCUCACUGCUACCAAUGAUACUCUUAGAAAGUCAGUUAUAUCAGAAGGUGGAGUUAGGAGCCUGUUGGCUUAUCUUGAUGGUCCAUUGCCCCAGGAAUCUGCGGUAGGAGCACUGCGGAAUUUGGUGGCUUUGCUAUCAAUGGAGGAAAUGGUUUCACUUAGUUUUCUCCCAUGUUUGGUUCAUGUGCUUAAAGCUGGAUCCUUGGGUGCAAAACAGGCUGCUGCUUCUGCUAUUUGCCGAAUUUGUAGCUCAGUAGAGAUGAAACGAUUUGUGGGUGAAGCUGGAUGUAUUCCUCUUCUUGUGAAGCUGCUCGAGGCAAAGACAUAUAGUGCACGAGAGGUUGCUGCACAAGCAAUAUCCAGCUUGGUGACACUUGCACAGAAUUGCAGAGAGGUCAAAAGGGAUGAGAAGAGUGUGCCGAAUCUUGUUCAGUUGCUUGAUCCAAGCCCUCAGAACACAGCGAAGAAGUAUGCUAUUUGCUGUCUCUCGUAUCUGUCCUCAAGCAAGAAGUGCAAGAGGUUGAUGAUCUCAUAUGGUGGUAUUGGGUAUCUCAAGAAACUUUCUGAGAUGGAAGUCCCAGGGGCCAAAAAAUUGCUUGAACGUUUGGAAAGAGGAAAGCUAAGAAGUUUGUUUAGCAGAAAGUAGAGAUAUAAGUUUCCCGUGUAAUGGAAUUCUAAUAUGUAACUUCUACUUGGUGUUUCAUCAUCUGUAUGAAGCAAAGUAAUUAUAAUUAAUCUUAUCAAUGGAUGCCAACAUGCAACAUAUCAAAGUAAUUAUUAAACUUAUCUAUUAUGGUCA